CGGGUGCCGCUUCAAACUCACCGUGCUCCCGGAAGCGGCUCUGCCGGGCUGUGCUGCUGUCCUCGGCGCGCUGGGCUGUUACAGAAUGACCUUGCGCUGAGCUUUUGUGGAAAAAACAAGACUUAAUCAUUCUUCAAUGUGCAUCAUUCUAUUCAAAUUCGAUCCUCGGCCCGUUUCAAAAAAUGCCUACAGACUUAUUCUAGCUGCUAAUAGAGAUGAAUUUUACAGCAGACCAUCCAAAUCAGCAGAUUUUUGGGACAGCAGCAAUGAAAUCCUGAGUGGUCUGGAUAUGGAGGAAGGAAAAGAAGGUGGGACAUGGCUGGGAAUCAGUAAGAAAGGCAGGAUGGCAGCCCUGACAAACUAUAUGCAGCCAACGACUGACAAAAAUGCAAAAGGAAGAGGUGCUCUUGUAACGAACUUCUUGACUUCAGACCUGGACUGUUACUCUUACUUGAAGAAAAUUUCAGUAGAAGGACAUCUUUAUAACGGAUUUAAUUUAAUAGCAGCUGACUUGAAUACCACCAAAGGAGAUGUAAUUUGCUACUAUGGAAACAAAGGAGAACCGGAACCUGUGUUCUUAAAUCCUGGAAUAUAUGGACUGAGUAAUUGUUUGUUGGAUACGCCAUGGAAGAAACUCCAGUAUGGGAAACAGCUCUUCACAGAAGUCAUCAACAGAAGUCAAGACCUUGCCAAGGAGGACUUGGUGCAGGAGCUCCUUACAGUGAUGAAUAAUCAAGAGCCUCAGUUACCUGACCCUGCAAUUGAAGACCAAGGGAAGGAAUACAUACGUCCUAUAUUGAACAAGUAUGCAGCUGUGUGUGUUCGUUGCCCAGGUUAUGGAACAAGGGCAAACACGGUCCUUCUCAUUGACGCAGAAGGGAACGUUACUUUCACAGAGCGCACCAUGGUCAACGAGGAUGUCAGCCAGUGGAAAACAAGCACCUAUGAAUUCAAACUGCACAUGUAACAACUUUCCAUUUGAAUGCAUUGUAAUAAAAGCAAUGAAAGCAA